AUGUUCUCCCCACGCAGCAGCAACUACGAACGGCUCGAGGGCGGGAUGGGCCCCGGCCGGAGCGCGUCCGGGCGGCGGUUCGGGUGGAAGAAGUUCGCGCUCGGGGCGGUGGUCGUCAUCGCGGUCGUAUACUUCUUUGGCCCGCGGCGGGAGGACUUGGGCGAGUAUGUGCCCGGUGACUACCAAGACAUCGACUUGGCCAUGCCUCCCCCGGGCCACCCCACCACCACCAAACACACUGGGACCCCCGUUCGUCCGCCACACGACGACGACAUGGCCCCCGAAGCCCGUCCCACCGACCCGGUGAGCGACGGCGAUCUCACGAAGACGCAUUUCUGCACCAAGCCAUAUAAGCCGGACCUCCCACUCGUCCAGUUCGCGCUCAUGAUCGACGCCGGCUCGACGGGCUCCCGGAUCCACAUCUACAAGUUCAACAACUGCGGCCCGUCCCCGGCGUACGAGUACGAGGUCUUCAAGAUGCUCCAGCCCGGUCUCUCCUCGUUCCGCGACUCCCCGCGCGGCGCUGCCGAGAGCCUGGACCCGCUCCUCGAGGAGGCGAAGCGCGUCGUGCCCGCGUCCCUGCAGAAGUGCACCCCGGUCGCGGUCAAGGCGACCGCGGGCCUGCGCCAGCUCGGGACGAAGGAGAGCGGGGACAUCCUCGCCGCCGUCCGGCAGCGCCUCCGGGACUACUACCCAUUCAGCCUCCAGGGCGGGGACGAGGCAGUAACGAUCAUGGAGGGCGCGGACGAGGGCGUGUACGCGUGGCUGACGGCGAACUACCUGCUCAAGACACUCGCGAAGGCGGCGGGCGGGGAGCCGCCGUACGCGGUGCUCGACCUCGGCGGGGCAUCGACGCAGAUCGUGUUCGAGCCGACGUUCGACAUGGCGAAGCCGGACGCCGGGCUCGCGGACGGCGAGCACAAGUACGCGCUCCGGUACGACGGCGGGACGCGCACGCUCUACCAGCACUCCUACCUCGGCUACGGGCUCAAGACGGCGCGCCAGAGCGUGCACCGCGUCGUCGAGUUCAUGAGCAGCCUCCGCGGGUUGGGGCACGGAAAGGACGCGGAGGUCACGAACCCGUGCCUCGCGCAGACGACGAGCAAGCUCGUCGAGAUCGAGGACGAGCGGCUCGGCGGCCAGUUCAACGUCACGAUGGUCGGCAAGGAUGUGGGCAGCUUCGACUCGUGCAACCGAGUCGUGGAGCUCGUCAUGGCCAAGGACGCGAUCUGCUCGACGAAGCCGUGCUCGUUCAACGGCGUGUACCAGCCUUCGCUGAUCGAGACGUUCCCGCACGGCAAGAUCCUCCUGCUCUCGUAUUUCUUCGACCGCCUCUCGCCGUUCAUGGAGACCACCGCGAAGCCGCUCAAGGCUCCGAUCCACAUCUCCACCUUCGCGGAGGUCGCAAAGACGGUCUGCGAGGGCCCGAAGGCGUGGAAGGAGCGCUGGGGCUCGGACAAGGCGCUCAUGGAGGAGCUCGAGGGCCGUCCGGAGUGGUGCCUCGACCUCACCUUCCAGCACGCGCUCCUCCGGCUCGGAUACGAGCUCGGCGGGGAGCGUGAGGUGCAGCUCGGGAAGCAGAUCGAUGGCACGGAGCUCGGAUGGUGCUUGGGCGCGACGAUCGCAAUGGUUACUGGUUCGAAGCUCGAGUGCAAGGUCUGA